AUGCUGGCCAUCCGAGCUUUCUCCAGCCCGAUCCCCAGGCAGUGCCUGCGCGCCGCUCCCCGCGCCGCCGCUACCUGGUCGAUCUCCCGCUGCUACUCUACCGCCGGUGAGCGAGUCGCCAAGUACGAGGGAACCAAGGACUCCAAGGGCAACUACCUCGUCAGCUUGAUCGAGGGUGAUGGCAUUGGCCCCGAGAUUGCCGUCUCCGUCAAGGACAUCUUCGCCGCCGCCAAGACGCCCAUCGCUUGGGAGUCGGUCGAUGUCACCCCCAUCCUGAAGGACGGCAAGACGGCUAUCCCUGAUGACGCGAUUGAGAACAUCAAGAAGAACAAGAUUGCCCUCAAGGGCCCCCUGGCUACCCCUGUUGGCAAGGGCCACGUCUCGCUCAAUCUGACUCUGCGCCGUACCUUCAACCUCUUUGCCAAUUUGCGACCGUGCCGUUCCGUCGCCGGCUUCAAGACCCCGUACGAUGACGUCGACACCGUCCUGAUCCGAGAGAACACCGAGGGCGAGUACUCUGGCAUUGAGCACGUCGUCGUUGAUGGCGUUGUUCAGAGCAUCAAGCUCAUCACCCGCGAGGCCAGCGAGCGCGUUCUUCGCUUCGCUUUCCAGCACGCCGAGUCCAUCGGUCGCAAGAAGGUCCGCGUCGUUCACAAGGCCACCAUCAUGAAGAUGUCCGACGGUCUCUUCCUCAACGUCGGUCGCCAGGUCGCCAAGGACUUCCCUGACAUCGAGUUCGACGCCGAGCUUCUCGACAACACGUGCCUGAAGAUGGUCACCGACCCCAACCCCUACAAUGACAAGGUCCUGGUCAUGCCCAACCUGUACGGCGACAUUCUGUCCGACAUGUGCGCCGGCCUGAUCGGUGGUCUUGGUCUCACUCCCUCUGGCAACAUCGGCGACGAGUGCUCCAUCUUCGAGGCUGUCCACGGCUCCGCCCCCGACAUUGCCGGCAAGGGCCUCGCCAACCCCACUGCGCUGCUCCUCAGCUCCAUCAUGAUGCUGAGGCACAUGCGCCUCAACGAGCACGCCGACCGAAUCGAGAAGGCCAUCUUCGACACCCUUGCCGAGGGCAAGGCCCUCACCGGCGACCUGGGUGGCAAGGCCAAGACCCACGAGUACGCUGCCGCCAUCAUCGAGAAGCUGUAA